UCAACUAUAAGUUUUCAAAAUAUUUUCGUUUCCAAACAUUUAAAAGUGUAAAAGUUCCGCACAAAGAAACUGAACAUUGUCAGACUCAGCAAUACCAAUGCUUGAUUGUUAUGGAAUAGGUUAUUGACCUUGACUAUCUCAAGAUGGCUUCUGGGAGCACAAUGAUCGACGGACCAGUCCCGAUUUCCAGGAUUGCAGGGCGGUACUUGGUGUUCGACAUCAACGUCGUGACUUACUUACGUAGAACCCAUCACAUCUGUGGUGUCCUUAUUGGCAGCAUUCCACAAGUUCCUCAACAAAAUGUCUUCCUUGGUCUUCCUGUCGAGUUGCUUCCUGAGGAAGCUAGGCUUCUCGUCGAGAAAGAGGUAGCAUAUAUUGUAGACGAUGCAUCACAACAUCGUGAAACAUUCAGUACACUUGUAGGUGAUGACAGAAGGAAAUAUUUGGAUUCUCUCAGGUCUCAAGGUCGGAAGUCUCGGAGAGCUGCGGAAGAGGUGUCGCAAAAGAAAAUUGAAAAGGGCUUAGCCAAACAAGCUCUAUUACGAGCCUCAAAAGAUACGUUGCAGUCUACUGUUGCCAAGUCCUCGACAGAACCAACCGACGUGACAAGUUUUUCAAACAGCUCAGCCUCGGAAGAGUCUUUGUUCCCUGAUCAUCCAUCACUGCCAACAGCCUCCACGCCAUCCGUCUCUUCUUCUGCACCUUAUGCCGUCACGACAACCACUACAAGCUCCGUAUUGCCUUUGUCCCAAGGUCACAUACAGCAACCGGAUCCUGUUGUGCCGGCUUCCUACGCACUGUUUUGCCACUUGCAUGCGCUCGACUAUUUCAUGACACCCGGCCUUCGGUUUGGCUGCGACUAUACUGUUUACCCUGGGGAUCCUUUGAGGUUCCACAGUCACUUCCUUGCCGUUGGCCAUGAUUGGGAAGAAGAGAUACCCCUCAUUGAUCUGGUGGGCGGUGGGCGUUUGGGCACGGGUGUAAAGAAAGGGUUUCUCAUUGGGGGGGAAGGUCCUGGCACGCAAGGAAACACCGUUCGUCCAUUUUGCAUCGAAUGGGGUGGGAUGUAGAGGGUGGAGCAUUACGGAUACCUCUACCUCAGCAGAGUUCAAUGGAGAGAUAUGCGACAAGCUGACCACACACACAUAGGUUACUAUAUGCCAAUUUCACAACUUUCUGAUGC